CUUCGGUCAACUGUUUGUUCUUGGUCGGACAGCAGAGGACCGGAACAAGACAGACGUAGCUUCCUUUUCUCUGUCUUCCUCGUCUUCCUGCCAUAGCUUUCCCCCUUCACUUUCCCCGCACAAACCCAUCACCAAGAUUUCUCAUUUUUCACCAUAUCACCUUUAGCAUUGCCGAUUGUUCGGUGGGAUUUCGGGAUGGCAAUUCAUCUCAAGAAGCUGCAAUUGCUAGGCUCCUCAACCAGCCGCCUGUUCGAGAGCACUUGCCCGCGAGGAUUAUGUUUCCCGUCUCUGUUGGAAAGCAGCACUGUGCGUAGUUUCUCGGUGUGCUCUCUUGACCAGACUGAUUCAGAUGGCUCAGUGAGCUGCCUUGGGGGUGAUGCUGAAACGAAUUACCAAGAAUUCUGGAAAUGGCACAAUGGUGGGGGUAGUGUCCAUCCAUUGGCACAGAUUGAUUCGAAAGCACUGAUUGAGAUUGGUGCUGUUGUUCAUUCAAAUGCUGUGGUGGGGGAGAAUGUUCAUGUGGGGUCAGGAGCUGUUGUUGGACCUUCUGUUACUAUUGGUCAUUCUACAAAAAUUGGUUACAAUGUUUCGCUAAGUAAUUGCAGAAUCGGUGAGUCAUGCAUAAUCCACAAUGGAGCAUGCAUCGGUCAAGAUGGAUUUGGCUUUUACGUGGAUGACCAUGGCAACAUGAUAAAGAAGCCACAGGUGUCUUGUAAGCAGAUGCUGAAUGCAACAAUAGGAAAUCGUGUGGAGAUUGGAGCAAAUACAUGCAUUGAUAGGGGAAGUUGGAGAGACACAGUGAUAGGUGAUUCAACAAAGAUAGAUAACUUAGUACAGAUUGGUCAUAAUGUAGUCAUUGGGAAGAGCUGCAUGCUUUGUGGACAAGUCGGGAUUGCUGGGUCAGCAACGAUAGGAGAUUUCGUAACACUAGGGGGAAGGGCAGCAGUUCGAGAUCAUAUCACCAUUGUCUCGAAGGUCCGACUAGCUGCUAAUAGCUGUGUCAUAAAGGACAUCAAAGUGCCUGGGGAUUAUGGUGGCUUUCCUGCUGUGCCGAUAGGCCAGUGGAGAAGACAAAUUACUGCUCGAUUCCGGUCAUAAAAUGGGGUACCAAACCAAACUCUUGUGGAUAUGCAGGAUGUGGAAUCCAUGUUGCUGAUAGCCUUUAGAUGUUCUCUCUGUUGUCUACUGGUCUGUUGGAUCCUCGAGUAAUUGGCCUGACAAGAACGCGGUUCGUUCUAUAUCUAGUUAAUUACGGAUUUCCUUCUGAAAAAAGAAUCUGCUUCUGCAUCCCUUGAAAGGAACUGUUGGUGAGAGGAAAGUGUUAUAGGAAGGAGCAAGCCCAACCUGUUAAAUGACCGUCUAUUCAUGAGGCCGAAGCACCGUAUGCAGUCCUUGGGGUAUUGACUCCUCGAUAUCAAAGUUAUGUUGUUCAUCUCAAGUUUAAUCCAAUACAAAAUGUCAUAGCACUCAA